AUGAAGCCGCUGGGAUCCAGGGUCGCCUUCUACGCCGGGUUUGUGUUGGGGACUUUCACCUUGUACGUGUUCUUACGGGAGGUGUGGUAUGAGAGGCAUUCUGUCGACUCAAGAAAAUAUGACCAAAAUCACGAUUAUCAACUUCAAAUGGAGCAUGACAAAGUUUGGAAGAAGGACAGAUCAGCACUGUUUAACCUGCAACACCCACACCACAAGGGCGAGGACAGCCUCAUUGCAGAUGAACUUUAUAAAAAGGUGCGUAUUUUGUGCUGGGUGAUGACAGGACCAAACAACCUGGAGAAGAAGACCCGUCAUGUGAAGGCCACGUGGACGCGUCACUGUAAUAUGGUGGUCUUCAUGAGCUCUGUGGAUGACCCAGACUUCCCCACAGUUGGCCUCGGCACCAAAGAAGGACGAGACCAGCUCUAUUGGAAGACCAUUCGCGCCUUCCAGUACGCCUACGAGCACCACCUCAGCGAAGCGGACUGGUUCCUGAAGGCGGAUGACGACACUUAUGUGAUCGUGGAUAACCUGAGAUGGAUGUUGGCCAAUCACACGCCAGAGGAGCCCAUAUAUUUUGGUCGCAGGUUCAAACCUUACACCAAACAGGGCUACAUGAGUGGGGGGGCAGGCUAUGUGCUCAGCAAAGAGGCGCUGAGGAGGUUUGUGGAGGGUUUCAAGAGCAAGACCUGCACUCACACCACCUCUGUGGAGGACCUGGCCAUGGGGCAGUGCAUGGAGAAGGUGGGGGUGCUGGCAGGAGACUCUCGUGACACAACGCUGAGGGAGACGUUUCACCCAUUUGUGCCAGAACAGCAUCUCACCAUGAAGUUCCCCAAAAGCUUCUGGUACUGGAGCUACUGCUACUACCCCAUCUCUGAGGGUCCAAACUGCUGCUCGGACCUGUCCAUCUCCUUCCAUUACGUGGACGCGUCGCUCAUGUAUCUGAUGGAGUAUUACACUUAUCACCUCCGUGCCUAUGGAUACCAGCACCGCUACCACCCCCCUGUCCCCCCCGCCCUCAGGGGGGUCCUGGACUUCCCUGAUCCUCCAGACCCACCAGGCCACGUCACAGACCAGGACCCGAACCAGGACAAGGAGCCAGCGGUGAAAACAGAAGGACUAGGCCAAGGCCAUUGA